AUGUCAGGCUCAUCGAAUUCAACCAUCUUCUUUGGAUGUUCUGUUGCAGUAGUAUCCUCAGCCAUCCAAUCACUUGGAGUGACACUUCAGAGGAAAUCGCAUUUGCUACACUCGCAAAUACCAGGGGAGAUUACCCUCGAUGGUGUGUAUCACCACCACACCACUCAUAACCGACAACAAAGAUAUAGGCGUAAUAUGUGGUAUCUUGGGUUUAGUCUAUUCAUUGUUGCAAAUGUAUUGGGAUCUGCAAUUCAAAUUUCAACCCUUCCGCUCAUUAUCUUGUCCCCACUACAAAGUAUUGGGCUAAUAUUCAACUCAAUUUUUAGCUGCUUACUUCUACCGGGAGAGUACUUUACAAACAGGCUAUGGUCAGGAACCGGAAUCAUAGCAUUUGGAGCGUGCAUUAUUGCUUAUAAUGGGUCCACUAAUAACGAACCAAUUGAGAACCCGCCCACACCAGAUAUCAACGACAACUUUAAGAUUAUUUUGCAAAAAUUGUUAAACACUUCAUUUUUGAUGUGGUUUAUUGGAACAUUCAUAUUUAUGGGGAUCCUUUUGGUAAUUAAUUGCACCUAUUUGAGAAAGAAGUCGCAUGAAUAUCGACAUAAUUUUACACUAAGAGAUGGACACAACAACACGCUUGUAGUCAAAUUCAACAAAACACAAUUCUGGAAAGGUAUAAACUAUGGAAUUAUUAGUGGAACUUUGACAGCACAUACCUUUCUCUUUGCAAAAUCAAUUAUCAACGUGGUAAUGGACACAAUUUUGAAGGAAGGGUUAGCGGGGGUAUUCAAAGUCAGUAAUAUUAUACCAUAUUUACUUCUAGCAACUAUGCUUGGCAUAGUAGGCCUACAACUUACAGCAUUCAAUCUAGGAUUGGCACAAAUCUCGACCACUAUAUUAUAUCCAUUGUGCUUUUUGGUGUACAAUUUAUUCAAUUUGAUCAACGACUUGAAGUUCAACAGACUUUUGGUCGAUCGCAAAAUGUCGUAUACGCAAUUUGCAUGGGUGAUCUUAGGAUUGAUUGGAGUUUUAUGUGGCGUGUUGGUUUUGAGCUGGGACAGUGCAUUCCAUGGUUCUGAUAAUGUAAAUGAAAAUGAAAUCCUGAUAAACGAAAUUGAUAAUGUUAUGACACCAGAGUCCUCUUUUGAGCAGUUGAAAGAUGACAAUGCUGCAGAACUGACAGAUUUAACUGUAAAUUCGUCUGACGUUGACUCGGCCCAAAACCAAGAUUUGAUAGUGCUCGAUGGUAGGAGCCAGGGUAAUGUGAACGAGUUGGUGAAUAUUUCAAAUGUGUCUGAUCUGAGAGUUGUUUCACCGCGAGAGCGACUGCUCACUUACGAACAAAAUCAGUUGUUACAACAGUUCAGUCUAUAG